AUCUGGGAUAUGUAACUGGGAUUGUAUAGCAUGUGAAGUGUUUCAGAACGUCAGGAAAGUUGUGGACAAUCGUUUCGUAGGCACGGAGUUCUCUUCAGUAUCACGGUAACCGGUUUGGCAGAAAGACACGCUACCUUCUGCAACGUGAAAUCAGUGUAUCUCAGUGUACCUGUUUUUAAUUUUUCGUUAUGUCUGUUGUUAAAAAUCUACGAAACAGUGAAACAAAAAAGAAACAUAUCGAUGAUGUUCAAACGCAGACAGUGGACGAACAUUUUAAAUUAAUUCUAGAGGAUAAGAGUACAUAUGAUCCUGACUCGCCUGACGUAACAUUUAACGAUCUGCCAGAUUGGUAUAAUGAUAAAUUAUACAAAAAAGGUCAAAGCUUUUAUAUGCAAAAUUUCUUAUCAAUGGUAGUGGCUAACACAGUGGGACUUAUUGUAGUACUUUCAGUGCCGGAAAUACUAAAGGUACUUCAGUACACAAAACGAAGUUCUACGCCUCAUGCAGCUUUUAAAAGAUAUAUCGAAACUCUAUUACACAUGUAUAAUUUAGCUACGAACGAUCCACAGGAUACAAAUUCUAAAUGGUAUAAAUCGAUGAAUGCAAUUCGUUGGUAUCAUAAAAUGGCCACCAGAAGAACAAAGAAUUCCGGUAUUGGGGAAAUUUCUCAAAGAGAUAUGGUACUUACUCAAUUCGCAUUUGUGGGAUAUGCUUUGGUUAGUCCUACAUAUUUCGGAUUGCGCAGUACACCGGAGGAAGAAGAAGCAUUUAAUCAUUUAUGGCGUGUAAACGGUUACAUGUUAGGAAUUCCUGAUAGAUUUAAUUUGUGUCGCAAAGAUGCAAAAGAAACUAUCCAAUUAUGUGAAAAAAUUAAAGGUUUGUAUGUAAAUUAUUUGACAAACAUUCCAUCUGAAUUUAACGAUGUAAUGAGAAAUGCAAUAGAUGCAUUAUGGUAUUUUGAUAUCACAAUAAACACAGAUGCUGUCUUAUAUUUCACCUAUCUACUUCAUGGCAUCAAAUAUAAAGAGCUUGGAUGGUAUAGUUGGUUAAAUUUAAAAUAUCGUGAGCUGAUUAUUAAACUGUAUUAUGUACCUUAUAUCGGCACAAUAUUAAGAAUAUGCUAUAACUAUUUGAUUCAUUUCCUGAUUUGGAAUGUACAACAUUUUCCUAUACUUGCAUGGAUAAAAUUUGGGAAGCAGAAUGUUCGACUGAAUUUAUAUCCUAAACAUUAGUAGCUCUAAUUUCAGAGAUGGUUUAUAUACAGACUAGACAUUACAAGCGCGCGCUAUUUAUCUUUUUCAACACAAGAGCAAAAAUUAAUAUAAUACCAUUAUACUACUGUUACACUAUUUUUAACUUUUUAAUAUACAAUUAUCAAAACGAUCUUCUGUGAGAUCAAUACAAUGACUAGCUAUUCAUGAAGUUAGCGCAGCGAGAGAAUCACCUUUUCGAUAUCACGGAAAAGCGACAACAAUAAAGUUCGAGAAAUGCGAGACAAUCGAUGUCAUGCUUUUUUUAGAAAGGGGAGAAUAAAUAAAGUUUUUUUAAAUUAC